AAGCUGUCAAAGCUCACAUGUUUUCAAACGCAUCGUAAACAUCUCGCAGCCGGGACACCACGUUUUUGAGUAAAGUUUUGUGUUAAACUGUUUGCUAUUUAUUCACGAUGCCGAAAUCAAAGCGAGAUAAGAAAGUGUCCCUAACAAAGACCGAUCGGAAAGGUCUGUCGAACAAACAACAGAUCAUCGAAGACAUACAGCAAUGCCGGGAGAAGUACGACAACAUAUUCCUGUUCUCGGUGCAAAACAUGCGCAACAGCAAGCUGAAGGAUGUGCGGGCAGAGUGGAAAAACUCGCGCUUCUUCUUCGGCAAGAAUCGGGUGAUGCAGCUGGGCCUGAAGCUGAUCAGCGACGAUGAGAACAGUGAGCCGACCAAGCUGGAGCAGGGUAUGGAGCAGCUGCGCGAACAGAUGAUCGGCCAGUGCGGGCUGCUGUUCACGUCGGAAAGCAAGAAGACGGUGCUGGAGUGGUUCGACACGUAUCAGGCGGAAGAGUUCGCCCGUGGCGGGUUCCGGGCGACCAAAACGGUCAAGCUGAAGCCGGGCCCGCUGGAGGAAUUCUCGCACGCGAUAGAGCCUCACCUACGGUCGCUGGGCAUGCCGACAAAGCUGGACCGUGGUAUCGUGACGCUGUACAAAGAGUUCACCGUGUGCGAGAAGGGCAAGGUGUUGACGCCGGAGCAGGCCCGCAUCUUGAAGCUGCUCAACAAACCGAUGGCAACGUUUAAGCUGAUCAUGAACUGUUGCUACACGAAGAAGGAUGGGUUUGAGGAGAUCACCAAGCGGGAAAUUGCGGCGACGAAGAAGACGAGCAAGACGGCGAAACAGCCGACCAAGCCGGCCACGGUGGCCAUGAAGGGCAAGAAAACGGACGAAGCGAUGAGUGAGGAUGAGGAGGAGGACGACGAUGACGACGAUGAGGAUGAUGAGGAUGAUGAUGAAGCGAUGGAACAGGAUGAUUCCGGAGAUGAUGAUGAGUAAAUAUACAUAAAUAAGGCCGUACAAAUAAAGUAAAUUGUUGAAUAAUUUACAAACAACUAA